AUGGCGCCUGUGCGAAAUCAUCCCGAUCCGAUCCGAGCAGCGAUCCCGUCGUCUGCUUCGAGUCCGAGCUUGAGGUCGAAAGAGAUGGUCGUCGUUCCCAUGCUCUCUCCUGCGCCCAUCAAUCCCGGUGGGAAUGUGAAGGUGGUUGUCCGAGUGAGAGGGUUUCUGCAACGAGGUACCAUCUUUUGCCUUGGUUCUCUGGGAGCACAAUGCCUCAUCGCGAUGAAUCCACAUAACCAGUCGACGAAACUACUCAUACCUCCCACCACCGAUCCGGCGAAUUCACGGGCUCAGACUCGAAAAGUCAUUGAAGAGAAGACCUUUACCUUUGACAACUCUUUCUGGUCGCACAACAGCUCAGACGAGCACUAUGCUCACCAAGAGGACAUCUACAAUGCGCUGGGUGAGGAGUUUCUGGAUCACAACUUCGAAGGCUACCAUACCUGCAUCUUCGCUUAUGGCCAGACGGGUUCUGGGAAGAGCUACACCAUGAUGGGCACGCCGGAGCAGCCAGGGCUGAUUCCGAGAACGUGCGAAGAUCUGUUCGAGAGGAUUGAGUCCAACACGAGUGCCAAUAUCAGCUACAGCGUCAGGGUGUCCUACUUCGAAGUCUACAACGAGCAUGUCCGAGAUCUUUUUCAGCCUCGAACAGAUCCACCGCACUAUCUGAAGAUUCGCGAGUCGCCCACAGAAGGGCCAUAUGUGAAGGACCUGACAGAGAUGCAGGUGAAGAAUUAUGGGGAGAUUCUCAGAUACAUGCGAAUGGGUGACAAUUCCAGAACAACUGCUUCCACGAAGAUGAAUGAUACCAGUUCCAGAUCCCAUGCUGUCUUCACCAUCAUCCUGAAGCAAAUUCACCACGACUAUGACGCAGAUGAGACGACAGAGAGGAUGGCACGAAUCAGACUUGUGGAUCUGGCAGGAUCAGAGCGGGCAAAAGCAACAGAGGCCACGGGACAACGUCUCCGGGAAGGGUCAAAUAUCAACAAAUCUCUCACCACGUUAGGAAGAGUCAUUGCAGCAUUAGCAGACCCUCGACACAGCCGACUCCACAAUCCCAACAGAAAGAAUAAAGACAUUGUCCCGUACCGAGACUCGAUACUCACCUGGCUGCUCAAGGACUCCCUAGGUGGCAACUCAAAGACAGCAAUGAUCGCCUGCAUCGCCCCCGCAGACUACGACGAGACAUUAUCAACACUGCGAUACGCCGACCAAGCCAAGAACAUCCGUACCAAAGCCAUCGUCAACCAAGACCACGUCUCCUCGGCCGAAAAAGAUGCCCAGAUCCGGGAAAUGCAAGAAACGAUCCAAACGCUCCGCUGGACACUCAACCAGCAACAGCAGUCCGUCCCCACAGCUCCAGCAGCCAAGGCCGACAGCGACACACACGCGGAGAAACUACGCGAGUACACGGCGAAAUAUGAGGGCAUGCUGCAGAUGAUGGAUGAGAAACUGGCCAUCUCCGAAUCGAAAGUGCGCCAUCUCGAGCAGGAGAAGGAGACGCUGCAGAUCCAUCUCAAGCUUGUUCUGGACGAGCUGAGGAAUCCGAUCAAGACGACGGCCAAAGAAGAGGUGGUGAGCACCACACCGGUUGUCGUCACGCCCGUGAAGGUGCGAGAGAAGACGCCGGAUCCCAUCUGGCAGGAUGAAGGGUUUGAGAGUGAGGAGGAGGAGGAGGAGGAGGAUGGGGAUGAAGAGGAGGAUGUGGUGGAUCAAGAGCAGGAAGCCGCCGCGUUGGAGAUUCAGGCGCAGAUGGAAUCGUUGAUCUCGGAUCUCGGCUUGUUUCGCAGGAAGGUCAUGGCUGAUCAUGAGAUGUUUGGCGUGAAGAAGACGUCGCGGUGA